GAUCGGCCCAUCCGCCACAAGAUUAUCCUCGAGGACGGGGCUGUACCUCCGCGUGGUUGCAUCUACCGAAUGAGCGAGGAAGAGUUAAGUGUGCUGCGGGCACAACUCGACGACCUUCGGGAGAAAGGCUGGAUUCGGCCUAGCUCAUUGCCAUACGGUGCUCCCGUUCUCUUCGUCCGGAAGAAGAACAAGGAUUUGCGGUUAUGCAUCGAUUAUCGCAAGCUCAGCGCGCAAACGGUCAGAAACGUCGGCCCUCUUCCACACAUCGACGACCUUCUCGAACGGCUGGGCGGCGCCAAGUUCUUCUCCAAGCUUGAUCUCAAAUCGGGAUAUCACCAACGCGAGAUUCGGCAGGGGGACUGCUACAAGACCUCGUUUAAGACGCGAUAUGGGCAUUUCGAAUGGCUGGUUAUGCCAUUUGGCCUUACGAAUGCCCCGGCCACUUUCCAAGCAGCUAUGACAACGGAGUUCCGACACAUGCUGGAUCGAUACGUACUUAUCUACCUCGACGACAUCCUGGUGUACAACCGGAGUUUGGACGAGCAUGUGGAACACCUGCGCACCGUUUUGGAGCRGCUACGACAMGCCAAGUWCAAAGCCAACCGCRACAARUGCGAAUUCGCGCGGCARGAGCUGGAGUACUUGGGACAUUAUGUGACGCCGCAAGGCAUCCGUCCRCUUGYGGACAAGAUCGAGGCCCUCCGCGUAUGGCCCGAGCCCACCAACACCACRAACGUCCGUUCAUUCAUGGGGUURRUGGACUACUAUCAGYGAUUCAUCWCYGGUUACUCAAGGAUUGYUGCACCUAUGACGAGAUUACAAUCGUCAAAGGUGCCAUUCGUAUUCGAUGACGACGCACGCCRGUCAUUCCAAACACUUAAGACGGCCAUGYUGAUGGCACCCGUCCUUAGCAUCUAUGACCCCACCCUGCCUACGAGAGUGACAACUGACGCUUCCGGCUAUGGCAUUGGGGCAGUCUUGGAACAACACGAUGGCGACGACUGGCACCCUGUGGAGUAUUUCAGCCACAAAGUGCCUCCCAUCAAUUCGCUUGAUGAUGCAAGGAAGAAGGAGUUGCUCGCGUUCGUGAUGGCUCUCAAGCGAUGGAGGCACUUCCUCCUUGGGCGUCGAAGGUUCACAUGGGUCACGGACAAUAACCCGUUGACCUACUACAAGACGCAGGAUACGGUGAGCAGCACGAUCGGACGAUGGAUGUACUUCAUCGACCAAUUUGACUUCACACCGAAAAACCUCCCCGGCCUCUCCAAUCGCGCGGCAGAUGCACUCUCGCGAAGACCCGAUCUUUGCGCUAUGACACAUCAUGCCUUCGCAUUCGACGAGGAACUCCAGCGACACUUCAUGCGGGGUUAUGAGUCUGAUCCGGACUUCACCACGUUGUAUGCGCAGCUAUCUUCGGAUCACCCGCCGGCCAGCCACUAUCGCAUUGUCGAUGGUGCCACGUCAGCAGUGCCACGUCAGCAACAGUGCCACGUUAGCAGUGACGUCAGCAGUGCCACGUUAGCAGUGCCAUGUCAGCAGUGCCAAGUCAACAACAGUGCCACGUCAGCAAUGCCACGUCAGCAGUACCACGUCACAGUCCCACGUCAGCAGUGCCCCGCCACCAUGACGGGCCCAGCUCUGGGCAUGCCAGGCCAACUGGCCAACGAGUCUAUUGCCGGCUACAAACAGCGGUUCCAGACUCUGCUCUCACUAAUUGAGGCUGAGGAACAGCGCCAGCUGGCGGCCGAGGUUGCCCGCCUACAGGCUGAAGCAGCUGCAACAGCUGAGAAGCAGCGGCUACAGGCCGAAGCAGAUGCAGAUACCCAGGCACGCCGCAAGGAGGCCCAGGAUCUGCUGCAGCGGCAUGAAGCCGCCAGCAUCGAAAGACUCAAGUACUGGCACUUUCAACCGUCCAACGGCGACGACGCGACACCGGAGGAGCAGCACAAGGAGUUCCUCUCCAAACUCAGCCACGAGGAUGCUAUACGGGCACUCAAUUCCCGUGUACUGGACUUGGAGCAAGCUGUACCAGGACCAGAUGCUGGUGUCUCCAGCAGUGCUCCCUCUAACCGCCAACUGGAUGAACGCGUCGACCACGUCGUCGCAAUGCUCGGCGACAUCAGCAUCUUCGCUGAGCCGACCACCAUCAGCAAUCAGCUGGAUACCUUGAAGACCGAGGUCCAGCAACUGCAGUUGCCUAACAAGAAUGGCAACAACACACAACAUUACAAGAUGCCAACUUUUCAAAUUGAGAAGCUCGAUGACUACACGCAUCAGGACCCGGUCCUCUGGUGGGAAGGUUUCACGACGCAACUUCGGAUUCUGCAAGUCGCCAAGCACGCGUACGCCGACGCCCUGUUUCUUAACUCAAAGGGCGGAUGCGAGAUCUGGUUAAGCCACCUGGCAUCCACCCACGACGUCGACGUCGCAGAUCUGAAAGACAAGAUCUCAUGGGAAGAGUUAACACGGCUAUGGAAGAAGCGGUUCAUCACCUGCACUCGCCAUCAAUCGUCUCUUCGCCAUGACGCAAGGCAACAGAGCAACACGUCAUGUGUUGCAUUGAGCCUCGCACUGGGUGAUCGUGAGCAGUAUGCAACCUUCGCUGAGAUCAUUGACAAGGCAAGGGAGAUCAUCAAGACAAAUAGGGCGGCUGCACACGAGAGGUCAGCGUGGCAGCCAACCUAUGUGGAGAAGGUAAAGACUGGUCCGCGGCAGCGGCAGUUCGCUGCAGUCCAAUCGGACAACACUGUGGAAGACUCGGCAGCCACCCAAGCGUCACGUGAGGGAGAUCAGGUGGUUGCUGUCCAGACGCGAAGCAACAACAAGCCCCGAGUGAACGGGAAGGCGAAAUCAGCAUCGCAGGCCGGAAACGGACAGCCAACACCAUGGGUCAAGUUCAACUUGACCGAGGCCGAGUACAAGUACUGCGGCCGUCACGGCUGUUGUUACUGGUGCAACAGCACCAAGCACAAGACCUCCCUUUGCCAGGAUCAGGCCAAGGAGGAUGUGCGGCCUCGUCUUAACUCGGGAAACUGAGUUUCGCGGGAGGUGAGGCGACUCCACCUCCCACUCCGCCAGAUUCGACUGCCUUGCUAG